CCUUCCCGAGACCUUGCUAUGCUUGCCAGGCGGUUUCUGUCAACAUCACGCACCCUGUUCCAUGAAAACCCUCUUGGACUUCAUCGCCCAGCUGUCAAGCAGCCACCAACCAUACCACGUGCCCAGCGUGGGUUACCAAAGAAAAUGCCCAUUGCUGGUGUGAAGCAUGUCAUUGCUGUUUCCUCCGGAAAGGGAGGUGUUGGAAAGUCCACUACUGCAGUCAACAUUGCAUUGGCAGCAGCUGGAAUGAAGCAAAAGGUUGGAAUCCUUGAUGCUGAUAUAUUUGGACCUUCGAUCCCUUCCCUCAUGAACCUCAGUGGUGAACCUAAUCUGACAGAAAAAGGUGAUCGUCUGAUUCCACUACAAAACUAUGGUGUCAAGUGUAUGUCUAUGGGAUUCCUAGUAGAUAAAGAGGCGCCUAUUGUGUGGAGAGGUCUGAUGGUUAUGAAGGCACUUCAACAAUUACUACAUGAGGUUGAUUGGGGACGUUUGGACCUUUUGGUUAUCGAUAUGCCUCCAGGUACAGGAGAUGUUCAAUUGACUAUCAGUCAACAGGUUGUAGUGGAUGGCGCUGUCGUCAUUUCUACCCCUCAGGAUAUUGCACUUAUUGACGCAGUAAAGGGAGUCAAUAUGUUCAAGAAGGUUAAUGUGCCUAUUCUCGGUAUGGUCCAAAACAUGUCCCUCUUCAUUUGUCCCAACUGCAACCACGAAUCCCACAUAUUUGGUCACGACGGAGCAGCACGAAUGGCUGAAAAGAUGGAAAUCCCAUUUCUCGGUGAAGUUCCUCUCCACGCAGAUAUUUGCAAAUUGUCAGAUUCUGGCACACCUAUUGUUAUAUCUCAACCUGAUGGUCAAUUUGCAGCUCACUACAAGGAGAUCGCUAGUCGGUUACUGGACCAACUAUCUUCCAACGACCCAAAAUUAAAGUAAAAAUAGAGAAAUAAAAUAAAAUAAAAAGCCCCAUUUGUUCCC